CCCAAGAGGACAGCCAAUCACAAGAUGACGCUGUCAUUGAUCUGGAUGAUUUUGAUGAUGAUGGGCUGCUGUUGCCGAGUGUCUCAGGUGUGGUCCAGUAUAUGCAGUCUCAUGGAGACUACCCAUAUGAAGGGAAUGAGGCAGGAGCAGAUUAUCAGAAUGAUUUCAUGGAAACUGACAACCCCACACUAGACCGAGAGAUGGCAGAGCACAUGCAGCAGAUGAAGUCUGAUCCCCAGUUUGUCAGAAUGCUUGACUUCAGGAAGAAAUUGCCUUCUUAUGCAUAUAAAGAUACUAUCAUAGAGGCCGUAGCCAAUAACCAGGUGCUGGUUAUAAGUGGAGAAACAGGAUGUGGGAAAACUACGCAGGUUCCUCAGUUCAUCCUGGAUGAUUUUAUUGCUAGAGGAGUUGGCUCUCAGUGCAGGCUCAUCUGUACCCAGCCACGGAGAAUCAGCGCCAUAUCCGUGGCUGAACGUGUUGCUGCCGAGAGAUGUGAAAAAGUUGACACUGAUCGCUCAUCAAGUGUGGGCUACCAGAUCAGGCUGGAGACGAAACAACCUCGACCCCAGGGCUCCAUAUUGUUCUGUACCACUGGAAUUGUACUCAAGUUUCUGGAAGGUGACCCAUCCCUGAGACGUGCCACUCAUAUCAUACUUGAUGAGAUUCAUGAGCGGGACCUCCAGUCAGAUUUCCUCAUGAUCAUUCUCAAGGAUCUCAUACAGCAGCGACGUGACCUCAAGGUCAUUCUCAUGAGUGCUACUCUCAAUGCAGAGAUGUUUUCACAAUACUUCCACAACUGCGCCAUGUUGAACAUUCCUGGCUUCACAUACCCGGUCAAGGAGUAUUACCUGGAGGAUGUUAUUGAAUUCACAAGGUGUUUUAAUUUGGAAUCACCUCAACAAUCUCGGAGACCUAAGCGACAGACGCCAGAGGAGAGGGCAGAGAUGGAUGAUUACCAGUCCUGGUGUCGCAGUUUGCCGAGCAGUUACAGUCCCAGAACUGUGGAAAUGUUGCUCAACUUUGACUACAGCAGGAUCAACCUUGACCUGAUUCACCACAUCAUCAACUUCAUCUGUAACCACAUGGGGGAAGGAGCCAUUUUGGUGUUUGUACCAGGUUGGGAGGAGAUCCGAAAGCUUCAUGAGAUGAUCCAAGCAUCUGCCAGGUGUAAAUCAGGCUGCCUGCGGGUGAUCCCCCUCCACUCCCUGAUGCCGACUGUCAACCAGAGGGAAGUCUUUGACCGACCUCCCCCAGGGGUCCGGAAAAUUGUGAUUGCAACCAACAUUGCUGAGACAAGCAUCACCAUUGAUGAUGUCGUCUUUGUGGUGGAUUGUGGGAAGAUCAAGCUAAAGAGCUUUCAGCCAGAGAUGAACUUGACCUGUCUGCAGGCUCAGUGGGAGGCCAAGGCCAACGCUAAACAGAGAAAGGGCAGGGCUGGCAGGGUACAAGCUGGCCACUGCUUCCAUCUAUUCACCAAGUUCCGCUACAAUUUGUUCCCUGACUACCUGCCGCCAGAAAUGUUACGCACCAGGUUGGAGGAGCUCUGUUUGCAGAUUAAGCUGCUGCACCUGGGUCAGAUUGUCCCGUUCAUUAGCAAGGCCAUGCAGCACCCACCCAUGGAGGCAGUCACCCAUGCCAUCACUACUCUCAAGGAAAUGAAUGCCCUAGACAUGGAUGAGAACCUGCUGCCUCUUGGGUACCACCUGGCCAGGAUGCCUGUGGAACCACACACUGGGAAGAUGGUUCUCUUUGGUGCCAUGUUCUGCUGCCUUGACCCGAUCUUAACCGUUGCGGCUAGUCUCAGCUUCAAGGAUGCAUUUGUUAUACCUCUGGGAAAAGAGGAACUGGCAGACAAUGCUCGGCAUAAACUGGCACAAGAUAGCAAAAGUGAUCAUAUUAUGCUAAUCAACACUUUUAAGGGCUGGGAGCAGAGUUUGCGCAGUGGGAGAAGCAGGAGCUACUGCUGGGACAACUUCUUGUCAGAGAACACCUUAAAGAUGUUAAGAGACAUGAAGAAGCAGCUGACGGAGCUCCUCUAUGACCUUGGAUUUGUGGCCAGCAAGAACCCUAAAGAUGCCAGAGCAAAUCUCAACAGUGAUAACCAAGGACUUAUUCGAGCCGUAAUUUGUGCAGGCCUAUACCCAAAUGUUGCACAGAUUAUCAAAGUUCCUAAAUCCGUCAGCAGGAAAAAGUCCACCGGUGUGGCCAUGGUCUUAAAAGACCAAAGUCGAGUCAGCGCUCACCCAAAGUCAGUCAACAUGCGGCAGACGUUUUUCGAGAGCAAGUGGGUCGUCUUUUUCAACAAACUGAAGACUAGCAAAAUUUUUUUACAUGACAGCACAAUGGUGUCACCUUAUGCCCUGCUCUUCUUUGGUGGAGAUAUUAAAAUUGUUGUGGAAGACAAUACUGAACUUGUUUCUGUUGAUGACUGGGUCACGUUCAAAGCGUCAGCAACCACAGCACAGCUUGUCAGAGACUUGCGGAAGCAGCUGGACAAACUUCUCACCACAAAAAUCACCCAUCCUGGGCCAACAAAAUGGGACAGAAGACAGCCUGAGGGUGCUCUACUGGCUGCCAUUGCUGACCUCAUCACUCAGGAGGACCUCAGCUACUCUAUCAGGGAAUCUGACCUUGAAGGCAGCAUUGGCCACAAGUGCUGA